AAGGUAUAAGUUUCAAGACACUAGAAAUCAGUAAUGGAGGCUUAUUUGGAGCUAAGACUCGAAACCAGCAAACACAACUCGGUAAGUACACAUAUAACAGAUGAGUCUACCAGGUUAAUACUUGUGUAAACCAUCUCCUCUAGGCUUCCUAUGGGGUUUGUUGGGAUAUAUCUGUAAAAACGCACAUUUUUGGGGGACAAUCCAGGAUACAGUAUCUAAUUUUGUAGCCCUGUAUUUGUUCAUAUAUUUUACAUUUCCACAUAAAUAUGCUUUACACAUUUCACUGAAAUAGAUGACGGAUCUCUAUUUUGUUUAGUUCUUUUCUGAUAAAAAAAGUAGCAGACAUUAUCUGGCAUCCGGCUUCAUUACGCAUGAGAUAUGUAGUAAGUGUGGCGAGGCAGUGGAACCCAGGAGAGGCGCUCCUGGUGACGCUUGUGGGCAUCACGUUCCAGUGUCGCCUCCAUUAUUGUAAUUCUUGUAUUUAUGCGAUAGGAUAACCCCCUGUGGGUUAUUAAGGCGCGGAACUGCAGCAAAGACCCAGAACUCCGUCUAGUUUUGGCAGCGAAGAUCCUCGUAUUCCCCCGACAGGAGCUGCUGGUGGUGUUGAGGAAUCACAGUAGUGGUGUCGAGACGCUGCUGGUGUUCUUGUAGAUGACUGCUGAAGGAAGAACAACUUGGAAGGUCAUGGCUUCAAGCAGUGUCGUGAAAGCUGUCACAGUUUGGCUAGUCUGCUUCACCCAUCUUACUUUAGGCGAAAACAGUGAUCCUAAAGGAUGUAUCAGAGAGAACCUUUCAGAAGGUGUGAAGACAAUACACAUCACUAACAACCACCACCAGAGCUGGGUCAAGCCUCUGACAACACCUGCACUCCUAGCAGUGGAAUAUUUUACUCCACAACGAACAUACAAUAAUAUGUGUACAGUUUACUUUAACAUCUCAGACGCUUGGCACAACUUUACUGCAACUCACACAGUUGAUGAUAAAAACCUCACAAAUAUCACCGUGUUGGUCCCGGAGCUGGGUUUCAACUGUAGCCAAAAGUUCACUACAUUCCACCCAACACUUUACCUCAGGAGCCACAACAACACUGUACAGUGGGCCAACUGCUUGACUGAUAACACCACAGCAUUGAACAUGUAUCGCCUACUUCCCGUGAAUGCAAUAGACUCAGCACCACCAUCAGUGGAUACAACAGUCUCAACACCACCAUCAACAUCAACACGCCCACCACAGUCAACUUACCAUCCUCUAUUCCUGGCUGGUGUUGUACUGUUCUUCAUAUUAGUUGUGGUCGUCUGUAUUUACGUCUUCAUAAAUUUGCGUAUCCUCAACCAGCUGUUUCUAGAGAGAGGCCUUAAUGCUGGUCAAGAGGAAGAGCUUAGAAUUUACGAGGAGUGGAAUGAAAACUGGCAGGUGCACUCACAACUGUGAAAACUGUACAGUGCAGGAGUGAGGAGUAGCUGUGGAGAAACUCAUCGGUUCACAACUUUAAAAUAUCUAGGUUCUGUCACGGAACCUGGAAAUUAUGUGGAAAAGUUUUCCUAUCAUAACAGCUGACCCUGUUUACCUAAAAGAAACAUUCUAUUACGCAUUAAAGAAAUGUUGUUUGUGGUAUACAGGAAAAAAUAACUAUUCCAAUAUGUUAGAACUUGCAGCCCAGCCGGAAGGAAAAUUAGCUACCAAAAAUUAGCAACCAAAUCUUAUAAGUAUAGCAUUAGGUCAAUUAUAUUAUAGAUGUAUUAGGUAAUUCUUUCCACAGAUGCUUUAAUAGCUUUAAACUCAAGUUUGAAAUAAAAC